AUGGGUUUGAAGGACACAACCUCGGGCUUUUAUGGCGAUGUGCCUUAUUGCAGUCCUGUAGAAAGUAGCGUCUUCUUUGACACAAUUACGGCCUCAAGGAUGCAUCGUCUUCCGGAGAGUAUGAUCACAAGGGCUGAUUCGACAUCAUUUUUUAUGGAUGCCAAUGCUAGUUUGUAUGAGCGGGUUCUUGGAGUGAAAAAAGAAGUCGAUAAUAAAAAGUCUUGCCCAAAGGGAGGAAGUGCUUUUGAAUUUCUAGAUAUUAUUCCUCACCUGUUUCGUUCACCCUCAGCUUCACGACUAGUGCGGGCGAGUGAAGAAGGGGAUUGCUUUGUGGUCGUUGAAUCAAAAAACAUUAGUGACAUCUGCGGCGUUUUUGAAGCUGGGAAACAGGACUCUUCGAGUGUUUACUUUGUUGUCUCAUUGGAUCUUAAAGGGAUAGAUGAUAUGUGGCAGUCUCUUCUUAAUUUUCUUUUGGGGGGUGUAUCACCUGGGAGGAAUAUGGUAUAUGUCCUAAGGAAUGUUGAGGUUUAUCUUGAGAAAGGGAACUCAUACGGCGCGUUUUUGUUUUCCUUAUGGGCACUCGCUGUGUCAUCCAUACUUCACAACUUUGCUUCGAUUACUAUUGAUUCCGUACGUCAGAGGCUCAGUAGGGUGAGUAUUCGAAUUUGUGUGUUAGAGGGACACGAAGGCGAGAAUAUAUUGGAUGAUAUUCAGCUCUUUUUUGAGAAUAAGCUAAGGAUUUGCGUUUAUCGCGUAUUAAGCACCGAUACUUUGCCAAAUGACGCAUGCACCAUUGACUCGGAGUGUGAUACAAUGACAGAAACACAUGGAGAAUGGAUUGAUAAAGCCACAGAACUGGUUGUGGGUAUUCAUGAGGAAUUAUGUGAUACUGCUGAGGAAGAACCAAGCAAAGAUGAUAUUAAUUUGCGCUGUAUUCUAGUUAGCUUACCAGAGAAGGAAUUGCUACGAAAAGAUUUACAAAGGCAUUUAUGUGACAGUUAUACCUCCACCCCAGUUACAGUUGUAACAACUGAAAAACAAAUCUGCGAAAUGUUAGCUUCCCAUGAUCGAACUAUCCCAAUUGUGUUUUUUGUUCCCAAAAGAAUCUUCAGGAGCAGCUGCUUAAACCGGAGCACGAGCGUUACUUAA